AUGAAUACAUUGACCGUAUUCGCUUUAGCUACUCUUAUUUGUUUCUCUCAAGCUCGUCCGCAGGAUGAAUUGAUGUACGAUAACGAGGAAACCAGAGAAAUUGUUGAAUGGCUAUCAGAAUUUGUUUAUGAAAUGAUGGUAACAAUAGACACAUAUUUGGCGCCCUUGUAUCAUGAAUUAGAAGAUUCGAGGAGACGACUACAAAUGGACAGUGGUGAUAACAAUAAUACGGGGUCGUUAAACGGAGUAACUCCUCCUACUGGGCAGUCCUAG